AUGGGGGGCCAGGGCAGUCGUUAUGCGUUGGCUGGAGGCUCAAACUUAUCUCGAGAAAAUUUGAAAAAUUAUCUGAAAAAGUUCGACGGAGACGAAGUUGAAGUCCUCAAGAAAGUUUAUAAAAGUCUCGCACUCAGAAGCGAAGCACCAGGGAUUGACAAGGAGACUUUUCUGCGUUAUUUUCCUCUGCCGGGGCUUUGGGGCGAAAGACUCUUCCAAAAGUUCGACUACAAAGGGACUGGCAGCGUAGACUUGGAGGAGUUCCUAAUCGGCAUUGCUGUUUGCUGCAGAGGCACUAAGAGCGACAGAAUGUUUGUUUUGUUUCAGGUGUUUGACUUGAACAACGAUGGGUACAUUCAGAAGAGCGAGUUAAUUGCUAUGCUUUCGAAUUUACCUAAUUUGGAAAAUUAUAUUAGCGUUAGGCCCCCAGACCCAGCAGCAGAGGAGCAGCAGCAGCAGCAGCUGGCGCCCUUCGAAGACCCGGAGGAGCAGCAGCUGCUGCAGCAGCAGCGGCUGCAGCAGCAGCAGCAUCAGGAGACCACCUGGACGCAAGUCUCCAGCAGGGAGGGGCUAGACCCCGUUGAGGAGGAGUCAGACAGCAGCGAGGCUUCAAGUGUCUCUGACUUCUCUGUAGCACCCUUGGGAUACCCUGCUGCUGCUGCUGCUGCUGCUGCAGUUAGCGCAGCAGCAGCAGCAGCGGGAGCUGCAGCAGCAGGUGCAGCAGCAGCGGGAGCUCCAGAGGCGGGAGCAGCUGCUGCUGCUGCCGGCGCAGCAGCUGGAGCUACUGCUGGAGUUGCAGCAGCAGCAGCAGCACCACCACCACCACCCCAUGCUGCAGCAGCUGCUGCUGCUUCGAGCCUGGCGGCAAGAAAGGAAUUAGACUCGGAAUUCCAGGCGCCUGCUGCAGCAGCAGCAGCACCAGCAGCAGCAGCACCAGCAGCAGCACCAGCAGCAGCACCAGCAACAGCAGCACCAGCAUCAGCAGCAGCUGAGAGCGCACCAGCAGCAAGCGCCGCUGCAACACCUCUUCUGACUGCAGCGGGCUGCAGCGUGUCAGUGACAGCUCCAGAGUUGGGUGCACAGCAGCAGCAGCAGCAACAGCAGCAGCAGCAGCAGCAGGUGGAGGGGGUUGAGGUGGAGAAGAGCGGAGAGGAAGACGACAGAAACAGCAGUCUCCUCUCAGCAGCAGACUGCAGCAGCAAAGCAAAGAAAAACCCGUCUCCAGUGGCGCAGCUACUGAUAGACAUUGAGAAGCAGCAGCAGCUCGGGCCCAACCAACAGCCAGCAGUCGAUGUAGAAUGUGUUGCAGAUAAAAUCAUAGAAGAAUGCGAGUUUGUUGAGCACGGGCGUUUAUCGUUUCCUGAGUUUAAGACUUGGCUGGAGCACCACCCAGGGAUUCUGUCGAUGUUUACUGCGUGCCUGCAUGAAGAGGUGUGGGGUUUGCAAGGCAAUGCCCUGUACAGAUCUUCUGCUGCUAGAGGCAACAAGGGCGUAAUGAAGACGGGCUCUGGCGAAUUUAACGAUCCCAAGGGAACGCGCAAUGGGGGCAUUCGCCAAGACCAGUUUCAGAAGGUGCGGCGUCUGUUUACAGGGCACCACGGAGGGAUGCCGCUGCAGUCGCGCGUUGUCUCUGCAGCAGCAAAGGAGACAUUUAGUUCUUUAGGGUCUAAGCUGUCUCUUAUUGGCUCAGGAGACAGAGGGAGGGGCCCCACCAGCCUUCCUGUGUCUACUGCUGCUACAGCUGCUGCAGCAUCUGCUGCUGCGGGUUCUGCUGCAGCGUCAGGUGCAGGCCUUGCCAGCACUGCUGGCUCGCUCACCCCUGUAGGUGGAGACACAGCAGCAGCAACACCAGCUGCUGCUGCUGCUGUAAAUGCUGCUGCUGCUGCUGCAGGCUCGCUCAAGGCUGCUGCCGCAGCCGCGGCAGCAGCAGCUGCAGCAGCGGGGGUCGCAGCAGCAACAGCAGCAGCAGGAACCCCCGCCAAACCCGUUGCGGAGGAGGCCCGCGCACAGCAGCAGCAGCAGCAGCAGCAAGGCGCAGCGGGGGUUGCUUUGCAGCAAGCAGGUGGUGCGCCUGUUGCUGCCAGUCAGGGAGAACUACUAGCAGCAGCAGCAGCGCCGGCGCAGCAGCACAUUCCAGAGGCAGCAAGACCAGCAGCAACAGCACCAGGACCUGCUGCAACGGGACAAGCUGCUUCGUCUACGACAGGAGUAUCCCCUGCAGCGGCAGCUCCUGCAGCAGCAGCCCCGUCACCAACAGCAGCAGCAGCAGCAGCCCCAGCAGCAGCGGCAGCAGCCCCAGCAGCAGCAACACCCCCAGCAGCAGCAGCGGGAGGCACUCAGUGCAUCUCUCUCCCUUCUGUAUCUCGCGGUGCUACUCCGGGGGCUAAGUUGGGGGAGCGGAUUGGGAUCGCUGCAGCAACAGCUGCAGCAGCACCAGCGGCAGCAGCAGCAGGAGCAGCAGCAGCAGCAGGAACGCCUGCAGCGCGAGGGACUGCUGGGGGCGCAGCUGGGGCAGCAGCACCGACGGCCGAGUCCGCCGGAGCAGCAACAACUCCAGCAGCAGCAACUCCAGCAGCAGCAGCUCCCGCAGGAGCAACUGGCACAGCAGCAGCAGCAGCAGCAGCGCCUGCAGCAGCAGCAGCAGCAGAGAGCAGCAGCAGAAACCCAGGGUCUAUGAAGGUGUGCGACUUUGACCGGUCUCUGAGGCCUGACUUAGAUGUUCAUUUGCUGCUGAAGGGACAGCCUACGCCGCUGCAUCCGCGGCAGCAACAGCAGCAGCACCAGCAGCAGCAGCAGCAGGGAGACGGAGACGCGGAGAGCCCUGCCUAUGUCUCCGACUGUGGGGCUGAACUGGGGGCGCUGCCUUCUGUUGCUUCUUUAUCUGGCACUUUAGGGUCUUUGAUUCGGGAGCAUGCAGCAAAAGAAGCGGGAGCAGCAGCAGCAGCAGCAGCAGCAGCAGCAGGAGAGCAAGAUCUUCACUCAUGCCCUAAGUGCCACCGCCCGCUGCUGCUGUGUCCCAGUUGCAGAGGGAGGUCUCUUCAGCUAUGUUUGCUGCAGGGACAGGUGGUGAUUGAGUGCAGCAACUGCAGCAACCAGCACGAAGCUGCAGCAGCAGCAACGGCGGCAGCAGCAGCAGCCUCAACAACAGCCACACUCGCAAGCGCGGCAUCUGGACCCACAGCAGCGGCAGCAGCGGCAGCAGCAGCAGCAGCAGCAGUAGCAGGAGACGCGGCUUCUACACCCCACAGGACCCAGGAGGGACAGCAGCAGCAAUCAGAGACAGCAGAUUCUGCAGCAGCAACGGAUUCCACCGUGGCUGCAGCAGGUGCGAGCAAGCCCCCCCCAAGCAGCAGCAGCAGCAGCAGCAGCAGCAGCAGCAGCAGCAGCAACAGUGGUUCUGUUGCGCGACGUGGGGUGUAUACGCACUGCUGGGAGUGCAACUGGGACUUCAGCCGCAGCACAGAGCUGCUGUCUGUUGCUGAGACAUCUUUAGACGGGGUCUUAUUAAAGAAAGGCAAACAUCUUCAUCAGUGGCAGGCUCGCUUCUAUGUUCUUAUUGAUAAUAUGCUCUACUAUUAUAAGAAAAAAGGCGACGCGAAGCCUCGAGGGUUUAUGUUCUUAGAGGGGUGCUUCGUGGAGACGAUCCCAGACGCGGGGGCCCUCAGGCCCCACGGCAUUGCUAUCGUACACCCCAGAGGAGACUCAGUAGCCAGGAGGGUCUUAUAUGCGCAGUCGGCACAGGAGCAGCAGCAGUGGGUAGACGCCCUGCGGGCAUCCACUCGCCAGCAGUCUCUGGAGCAUUUCUACGAAGUGCACGAACAGCUGGGUCAAGGGAAGUUCAGCGUGGUGUAUCGAGGAGUGCACAAAAAGACAGGAGAAGAGGUAGCGAUUAAAGUAAUUGAUAAAGGAAAGAUCAACAGACACGAGAAAGAGCUGCUGAGAAGCGAGAUGGUUAUUCUUAGACUUCUCAACCACCCUAACGUCAUUCGUCUUAAGGAGAUGGUCGAUACAAAGGAGACACUUUAUAUCGUCAUGGAGCUCGUCAGGGGGGGAGAGCUCUUCGAUUUAAUUCACGCCAACCACCACCUCCCAGAGGUCCACGUCAACAGGUACGUUGCACCUGAGGUAUUAUCUCUUGAGGGAUACAAUCAACAAGCAGACCUCUGGUCUGUUGGUGUUAUUACUUAUCUUUUGCUGCGGGGGCGUCUGCCCUUCCCUAUAAAUAAACACUUAGGUUCUCCUCACUUCCAUCAGACAUAUCCUUUGUCUUUUGAUGGGCCUUUAUGGCGCCCGGUCAGCAGCAGCGCGAAGGAUUUAAUAACGAAAAUGCUGUCUCCUAUUCCUCAGCAAAGAAUUACAGUAGAGGAGGCGCUGCAGCAUAUAUGGAUCCGCAACCCCACAGCAGUUAUUAAUGAAGCAAAUAAAACUGAUCCAUUUGAUCAUAUCAAUCCUAGUGUACAGCCAAUUGACCCGCAUGCACUUGCUGCAGCUGAUGGGGCCUCAACGUUUACUAUCCCCAACGCCCAUAACAGGCUGGCGCAGCAGCGAGCGCAGCAGCAGCAAGCCAAGACUGCCGCUGCUGCUGCACCUGCUGCUGUUGCUGCUGCUGCCGCUCCGGCAGCAGCAGCAGCUGCUGCUGCCGCCCCUGCGGCCGUCAGAGCAACAGCAGAUGCACACGAAAAAGAUUCAACUGGGGCAGUACCAGCAGAUGCUGCAAAGGUUGCUGCAGCAACUGCAGCAACAGCAGCAACAGCAGCAACGCAUGGGGCUCUUGCUGCAGCCAACGCCGGCAGCACGCUGGCCCAGCCAGCAGCAGCAGCAGCAACUGCUGCUGCUGCUGCAACAGACGCUACGAAGGCCGCGGCCUCAGCAGCACAGCCAGCAGCAGCGGAAGAGAACAGCAAAACCAAACAGCCGCAGGCAGCCCAGCCGCAGGGAGCAGCAGCAGCAACAGCAGCAGCAGCAGUAGCAGGAGAGCAGCACGAAGCACCUGCUGCUGAUAGGCAUACCCCAGCGACUGCGGCUCCUGCUGCUGGCGUUGCUGCGGAGACCGCAGCAACUGCAAAGGAGACAGCGAAAGCAGCAGCAGCGGCAGCGCACUCAGCAGCAGCAGUGGCACAGGCUGCUGCUGCUGCAGCUGCGUUGCAUGCAGCAGCAACAGACGAGGCCUUUGCUGCAGUGCAGCGGGGGCCUAGCGGCGAUAGUGUGGGGCGAAAGCCUCAUCAGCCUGAGCAGCAGCAGCAGCAGCAACAACAGCAGCAGCAGCAGCAACAGCAGCAACAGCAGCAGCAGCAGCAGCAUCACGUUCCAGGCGUGGCCCCAGUUCGGGGUGCAGCAGCAGCUUCAUUAACAACCCCUGCAGCCACCGGGGGCUCUACACCUAUGAGUGCUACUGCUGCUACUACUGCAGCAGCAGCAGCAGCAGCAGCGACAGCGGCAGCACUACAAACAUCAACGGCAGCGGCAGCAACACAUGCAGCAACACCAACAGCAGCAGCAGCAACUGCAGCAGCAACUGCAGCAACAGCAGCAGCGACAUCUACGCAAUCCACUGCUGCUGCUGCUGCUACUCUAUCCCCUCAAAACACCAAAAAAGCAGACCCCUGA